UAUUCCACUCUUUUAUUCCCCAUCAUCGUUUUUGUUUCCUGUUUAUAUUUUGUUGUUUGCUGCAACUUUUUAGUGGAUUUAACUAAUGGUCAGCUAACACCAAACAAUAAUACACCUUUGCUAACUCAGGCAUUAUCGGUGAUGAAUAAUUAUCAAGCUGCUGCAGCAGCCGCCCAUAGUUUUGCAGCACCUUCGGCAUCGCCUCAUACCACCACUACACGGCAAGGGUUUCCAUCAACUAAUUCUCCGGGGCCCACCAUUGAUAUGUACAGUUCAUCGGCCGCCGAUAAUGUGGGCUAUGUACAAGCCACCAGUCCUCAACCCUCAGGGUUUCCGAUUGCCGUGAGUCGAGCUCCACUCAACUAUAGUCCGGGACCACUAAUUCCUGCGGCAUUUACAAAUGGUUACCAUUAAGUGGAGGCACCGACCGCAACAAAUAAAAUGCGUUAAGCAGCGGCAACAACCAACACAAACAAUAUAUUUAAAAAAAAAA